UCACGCUCCGAGCGGCCAAUGAAAUUGAAAGCUCUGCCCUCCAUGCCCAACUCUGAUUGGCUUACAAUCCCGGAACAGGCGUUAACCCAGGGAAGGCAGUGUCAAGAUGGCGUCCCUGGAUCGGGUGAAGGUACUGGUGUUGGGAGACUCAGGUGUUGGGAAAUCUUCGUUAGUCCAUCUUCUAUGCCAAAAUCAAGUACUGGGAAAUCCAUCAUGGACUGUGGGCUGCUCAGUGGAUGUCAGAGUUCAUGAUUACAAAGAAGGAACCCCAGAAGAGAAGACCUACUACAUAGAAUUAUGGGAUGUUGGAGGCUCUGUGGGCAGUGCCAGCAGUGUGAAAAGCACAAGAGCAGUAUUCUACAACUCUGUAAAUGGUAUUAUUUUCGUACACGACUUAACAAAUAAGAAGUCCUCCCAAAACUUGCGUCGUUGGUCAUUGGAAGCUCUCAACAGGGAUUUGGUGCCCACUGGGGUCUUGGUAACAAAUGGGGAUUAUGAUCGAGAACAGUUUGCUGAUAACCAAAUACCGCUGUUGGUAAUAGGGACUAAACUGGACCAGAUUCAUGAAACAAAGCGCCAUGAAGUUUUAACUAGGACUGCUUUCCUGGCUGAGGAUUUCAAUCCAGAAGAAAUUAAUUUGGACUGCACAAAUCCACGGUACUUAGCUGCAGGUUCUUCCAAUGCUGUCAAGCUCAGUAGGUUUUUUGAUAAGGUCAUAGAGAAGAGAUACUUUUUAAGAGAAGGUAAUCAGAUUCCAGGCUUUCCUGAUCGGAAAAGAUUCGGGACAGGAACAUUAAAGAGCCUUCAUUAUGACUGAGUUACACUCAUCCUUUGGAAGAGUGAGCAAGCAGUGGCAGUUUUUCACAGCUUUCCUCUUGCUAUGUUCAGUUAUUACCAUCACAACCUUUUAACGAAAUCAUCUUAAAUGCUACCCUUCAGCCUCACCCUUUAAUGGAAAAAUGAUAGGAAGUGACAACACGGGAGGUCCAAACUUUGUCCCUAUUCUCUGUGUUCCUUACCUUUCUGUCCCUGUGUAUAGAUUUUGUAAAAGCCUUGUGAAAAUAUGAGAUGUUGUCAAAAUGAUGCAGUAAAUGAGCAAUGACAGUGUACUGCAGAGAAAAUUUACUCUUGCCUACAACGGGAGGGUUUUUACGGGUCUGUAAUUUUUCCCCACACAUUGCUGAAAGCUUAAUUAAGUACUUCAAAAAUGUAUCUCCGUUGUUUUACCUUCUUGAGGGAAAAGGCCUUGUUAACCAGCCCUGAGUUGUCCACCCCAAACAAUCUUUGUCGUUUUCAAAGA